GGCAGCACUGGGUAAGGCUAGUUUUAAAGGAGCCGCAGGUGGGAGCCGUCGAAGACCCGGGUUCGGCGGGAGGCGGCGGCUGCAGCCUGGGAUCCCCCAGGGACUCCCCGGAGCCGCCGCUUCCCCCAUGGACUUGCCCGGGGACUCCAGCCCCCCUGGCCAGCCACGUCUGUGCCGCCAGCCCCUGACUCGAGCAUUAUGGGGAGCCAGAAGCCCGAAACGGCCGAGGCUACAGAUCCCCGUGGUCCCUUCACCCUUGGAAAAAGCCUCUCGGCGGGUCCUAGCCGUGGUGCUGGAAGAUGUCAUGGCUGCCCAUAUGGUCCCCCUGGUGCCCCAAGAGGAGACCUCCACCCCACCACACCGCAGCAACCAUUGGGAUUCUGUUCACCAGCUGUCUGCUUCCCCACCCCAACAGGCUGUGUGGUCAUCGAAGGCCAGGCCUCCCUAUCCAAUGCACUUAUGCCGAGAGCCCUUGAGCCGCAUCAACCGGCCUUCUCCCACCCUGAGGUGUCGAUCAAAGACAACCUCUGGCCCAGAAGACCCUUCAGAAGAGGUGGACCAGGCACCGCAGCCUACUCUGGUGGUGAUGCUAGAAGACAUCGUCAGUCCCAGACCCCCAGCUGAGGUAUGCGAACUUCCGGACUCGGCGGACGAGACUCCCAACUUCAUCGUCCCAGCGAGGAGAGCUGAGUCCAUGAUGAUGAUUCACCAGACAAAGCCUCCAUCCAGGGACCUGGAACCCCCAUUCCAGCCGUCUGCCCUGCCUGCAGACCCUCUGGAGGACCCAUCACCAACCCCAGAUCCGGUUCUGGAAGCCCCAUCGACCCCACCGCCGUCCAGCCUUUUACGCCCUCGCCUCAGUCCCUGGGGCUUGGCUCCUCUCUUCCGUUCUGUCCGCUCCAAGCUGGAGAGCUUUGCAGACAUCUUCCUCACUCCGGUCAAAGCCCCACAGCCCCCACCCCCAUCACCGCCCAUGAAGUUGGAGUUGAAGAUCGCCAUCUCAGAGGCUGAGCAGUCCAGGGCUGCUGAGGAUACGGCACUUGUCAGUCCCCGCCCCCCUAUCCGCCAGUGGCGAGCCCAAGCCCACAAUCCCCCAGCAUCUCCCCCUAAGCCAUCUCUGGGCCGAAGCCACUCCUGCCCGGACCUGGGGCCUCCUGGCUCCGAGACCUGCAGCUGGCCCCCUGCCCCACACCACCCAAGCCGGCCACGGCCUCGACGGCACACUGUGGGUGGUGGAGAGAUGGCCGGACCCCCACCACCCCCGCGACCCUGUCUCCGGAAAGAGGUCUUCCCUCUUGGAGGAGUGGGAGGCUCUCCUCCCCUCGUCACAUCUUGUCCGUCCUCUGCAUCUACUUCCUCCUUCUCUGAACCUGCAGAACCCAGGUUGGGCUCAACCAAGGGCAAGGAGCCACGGGCCUCAGAGGACCAAGUGCUUUCAGACCCUGAGACCAAGACCCUGGGAAAGGUUUCUCGAUUUAGAAUACGCAGGACACCGGCCCGUCCUCAACUAAACCUUACACCAAUGGGGCUGCCUCGACCGAUCAGGUUGAACAAGAAGGAGUUCAGUUUGGAAGAAAUUUACACCAACAAGAAUUAUCAGUCCCCUACAACCAGGAGGACAUUUGAGACCAUCUUUGAGGAACCCCGGGUGCGCAAUGGGACUCUGAUUUUGACCAGCUCGAGGAAGCUGCGGCGUGCUGUGGAGUUUCGGGACAGCAGCCUUCCUCGAUCCCGGCGGCCAUCUCGUGGGGUCCGAGCUGCUGCUGGCAGGACCCUUACUCCCAACUUGGCCCCCAGCCCAGAUGUGGGACCCCUGCUGCAGCAGCGGCUGGAGGAGCUGGAUGCCUUGCUCCUGGAAGAGGAGGACGUGGAUUAGGGAGCAGCCCCAUGUGCCCUAGGAGCUCCAUCUGUUUAUCUGUACAUCCAUCCUGGAAGGAAGGAAGCCUCUGACACCCAUUUUAUUUUUUUCUCUGUAUUUCUAGUAAAAUUUUCGGUAUGUUUCUGAUGCUUUUGUAUGUUCCAAGUUGAGUUUAAAAUUGAUUGGCACUAUUG